CCAUGUUGUCACCGGCGGAAUGCCCUCCCUAUGUCGGGGCUCCGCGGAUAAAUGAGGCUCCCAUGCCGACCGCUUCAAACUCUCACCUUGGCAUCGGCUUCCAGCAUGAACGCUCUCGUGUCUCUGUGCAUGCUGGCAGCGCUGGCAGCAACAGGCGAAUGCCUUUCCUGCACUAAGUGUAUGUCUGUGUCUGGACCGUCUUGCACGGGGGCCGGUGUAACAUGCCCUUCGGAUAAUGUUUGUGUAACCGCGUAUUCUGUUACCAACGUAGCUGGAGCGCUCACUCCGGUGUUUACUAAAGACUGCGCACCAAGAAACCAGUGCAACAUCACCGGGAGCAUCACCUUCCUUUACGGCACGGUGAAGAUAGCGACUGCCUGCUGCGAGACAGACAAUUGCAACUCACCUGUGCCAGCGUUGCCAUCUAAUAACCCACAGCCAAACGGGGUCACCUGUCGGACCUGUGCUUCUUCCAACUCCCUCUACUGCUACACAGCCGACACCAUGCAGUGUCAGGGGAAUGAGACUAAAUGCCUACUGCUAGAGAAACAAUUAACAGGAGCAGCAUCUGUGAAAGAAGCCAUCCGCGGCUGCUCCACCGAAAGCGUCUGCAGCGUUCUCGGUAACCAGCAAUCUAGCUUCGGAGAUUUAAAUAUCGACAUGAAAGUUUUCUGCAGCAACGGAAAUCUCGGGCUCAAUAGCGGAUUUUACUUUUCAUCAAUUAUGUCCCUUCUUUUAAUGAAAUUUUUGUUUCUUUAACAAUGCAUUCUUCCAAAUUAUAUAAAAGUUUAAUUACUUUAUUUACAUCUUUCCUCCUUAAUGAUAGAAAAUAAAAAAAAUAAUUGUACA